UCUUUCCCCCAAGUAUUCCCUUGCCCUAAAACACUGUUCUUUCUUUUCACUGUUAGGAAAAAAAGAAAAAAACCAUAUUCAAAGAACAAUCCAACAAACACCAUCGUUGUUGGAUAAUCCAACUGUUUUGGUUUCCGAAACUAACCCAAAAGCAAAAAUGCUUAACCGCCACCAUAUCCUCCUUCCCAUCCUCCUUUUCUCCGCCUUUCUCGCCGCCGGGGACGACGGCGCAACCAUGCUCAAGAUAGCUUCAUCCUUCCGCCCUCCUCCCACUGGGUGGUCUUCCACUUCUUCAGACAACUACUGCAAGUGGCCUGGCAUAAAUUGCGACAAAUCCAACAGCGUUACUUCCAUCAACCUCUCUUCCAAAUCCCUGUCUGGGACCCUUUCCCCCGACAUCGCCGACUUGUCGGAGCUCCAGACUUUGUCACUCCAACGCAACGCCUUGUCCGGGACCAUCCCAUCUUUGGCCAACCUCUCCAGCUUACAAGAGGUUUACCUUGACAGCAACGCCUUCACCUCUAUAUCCCCAAACGCCUUCUCCGAAUUAACCAGCUUGCAAAAGCUGAGUUUGAGUGACAAUGCCGGUUUAAGUCCAUGGACUUUCCCAGAUUUGUCCCAAUCGACGGGACUCGUUGAACUUCAACUAGACAACACCAGCUUGUUCGGUUCCUUGCCUGAUAUCUUCGAUUCUAUGAACAGCUUGAAAAGUAUAAGGCUGUCUUACAACAAUUUGAGCGGCACAUUACCAGCUUCUCUCGGUGGAUCAAUGGUUCAGAAUCUUUGGAUCAACAAUCAGGAUGUUGGGUUCAAUGGUACUUUACAAGUUUUAUCCAACAUGACACAGUUGUCUCAGGUUUGGCUUCAGAAAAACUUGUUUACGGGUCCGAUCCCAGAUUUGUCUAAAUGUUUGGAUAUUUUCGAUCUUCAGCUUAGAGACAAUCAGUUGACAGGGCCGGUUCCCAAAUCUUUAAUUGACCUUCCAAACUUGAAGAAUGUUUCAUUGUCUAAUAAUAAAUUGCAGGGUCCUUUCCCAGAAUUUCCUACCUCAGUUGAGAAAAAAGUUGUUGAUGGAAACAAUAAUUUCUGUAAUAGUAAUGGGGAUCCUUGUGAUCCUCAAGUUACUACAUUGCUUGAGAUUGCUGGGGGUUUUGGGUACCCUGUGCCUCUUUCUGAUAAGUGGCCUGGGAAUGAUGCUUGCGAAUGGUCCUUUAUUUCUUGUGAUUCACAAAAGAAUGUGAUUACAGUGAAUCUGGAAAAGAAAAACUUGGUCGGGACGAUUUCUGCGGCAUUUGCCAAUCUCAUAUCAUUGAAGAACUUGAAUCUGAGUGGUAACGGAUUAACUGGUUCAAUUCCUGAUAGUCUGACUAAGUUGACUAGUUUGCAGCUUCUUGAUGUGUCUAAUAACAAUCUUAGUGGAGACAUCCCAAAAUUUUCGAAUUCAGUAAAAUUCUCAUACUCGGGGAAUAGUUUACUUGGAAAAUCUGGUGGUUCUGGUGAUGGAGGAGAUUCAGGAUCUGGAGCAUCCGCUGGAGGUUCGGAUGGUAACUUGAAAAGUGGCCAUAGUAAGAAUUCGAUUGCUAUGAUUGUCGGUAUUAUUGCUGGUGUAUUGAUUUUUGUUGCUGUUGUUUGCUUUGUUUCUUAUAAGUAUGUUAUGAACAAGCGGUACGGAAAAUUUGGUAAGGUGGAGGGCAGUGAUGCUGAGAGGGGUGUGGUUAAGAGUCCAGAAAACGGUGGCAGAAUGAAUGGGAAUGGGGGAGUUCCCAGUGAAAUGCUAAGCCAAAGCAGUGGGGAUCGUAGUGACCGCCAUUUUUUUGAGGGUGGAAAUGUAGUGAUCUCAAUCCAAGUACUAAGACAAGUGACAGAUAAUUUCAGUGAGGCCAAUGUUUUAGGAAGAGGUGGUUUCGGGGUUGUUUAUAAAGGGGAACUGCAUGAUGGCACACAGAUUGCUGUCAAAAGGAUGGAAUGUGUGUCGACCGGUACUAAAGGAAUGAAUGAGUUUCAGGCAGAAAUCGCAGUGCUUACAAAAGUUAGGCAUAGGCAUCUGGUUGCACUUUUGGGUUACUGUAUUAAUGGUAAUGAGAGACUCUUGGCUUACGAGUAUAUGCCUCAAGGUACCCUAAGUCAGCAUCUCUUUGAAUGGCGGGAAAAUGGAUAUGCUCCGCUCACCUGGAAGCAGAGAGUCACCAUUGCACUGGAUGUUGCACGAGGGGUUGAGUAUUUGCACUCUUUGGCACAACAAAGUUUCAUUCACAGAGAUUUGAAGCCCUCCAACAUUCUCCUUGGGGAUGACAUGAGAGCAAAGGUUGCCGAUUUUGGACUGGUUAAAAAUGCACCCGAAGGCAAAUACUCUGUGGAGACAAGAUUGGCAGGAACGUUUGGAUAUCUUGCUCCUGAAUAUGCUGCAACUGGAAGGGUGACUACGAAGGUGGAUGUUUAUGCAUUUGGAGUGGUCUUGAUGGAGAUAAUAACUGGCAGAAAAGCUUUAGAUGAGACCUUACCCGAUGAGAGGUCACAUCUGGUCACAUGGUUUCGCAGGGUCCUUACCAACAAAGACAACAUUCCUAAAGUGGUUGAUGAAACAAUCAACUGUGAUAAGGAGGCAAUGGCAAGUAUCUUCAAGGUGGCUGAGCUGGCAGGACACUGCACAGCUCGUGAACCAUAUCAGCGACCUGACAUGGGGCAUGCUGUAAAUGUGUUGGGCCCCCUUGUUGAGCUGUGGAAGCCUACCACCCAAGAGGAAGACGAAAACUCGGGCAUUGACCUUCACAUGAGCCUUCCUCAGGCUCUACUAAGAUGGCAAGCAGAUGAAGGUACUUCAACAAUGUAUGGUGAUGUAUCAUACUCCCAAACCCAAUCAAGUAUUCCUGCAAAACCCUCGGGAUUUUCAGACACAUUAAGCUCAUCUGAUGGUCGGUGAUGGAAGUGGGAUAAGUGGCAUAAUUUUGAAGAGUUGCAGGUUGGAGAUAGAGGAAGGUUGGUUUCUUUCCUAGAGGCCGAGAAAGGAUAAAAACCGAGUGAUUGCAUCAAUCAACUGAGUAAGGGUGGAUUUGGAUGGGCGGUUGGGUGCGGUGCGGUACGUUUAGCUUACUUUUUGUCUCACGCUUCAGUAUCGCUGCAAUAUCUAAUGUCACCGCCACAGCUGUUUUUACACUAACCGCAGGUAAACGCACCGCCCAUCCAAAAUCACCCUAAGUUUCGAGUUUAUCAACUCUUUCUUGAGUUUAUGCAUUAGUUAGGUUUGUAAACAGUUUCGUGGGUAUGAAUAAAAGCUUGAAAGUCAAUACUUACGUCACAUGGCUUUGGGAAGUUUCCAUUGAAAAAAGUAGGAUAUAUUUGUUAGUGCCAACUACACAUGUGGUAGCUGUCUUUUUCCUUUUCCUAUUUAAAAAAUGUAUUCCAGAUGAAGGUUUGAUUUGAUGGUUUGGAUACGUAACCGUGACAAGCUGACCAAUUGAAUUAGGGUUUGAAAAUAUGAAAAUGACAGCAGGAAGAGGAAGAAGUAAGAAGAUUAGCUGAGGUGUGACAGACCCACAUCGUGGUGGUUGGAAAUUUAUCAAUUCAGGGAUUUCUUCCAAUUUGAUUGCUUAGAAGGGAUGGAUGAAUGAUUAAACAUAUUCUUAUUUUUGGAUUAUUUGUGUUGACAGCAACUAUAAUGUUUUAACGCCUAUACUAUACGUAAUUCUCUGUCCAACA